CGUUCGCGAAAGAUGUGCUAAUCGAAAAUAAACACUUUUCUACAAAAAGCAGACAGCAAUUUUGUGUUCACAGGAACGCCUUUCUCGCGCACUUGCAUGGUUAUAAUAACAACUAACAUUUAAUUUGCGAUUUGUGCAAAAUGAGCGCUUCCGGAGAAUCCAACGAAGUGCAAAUGGCAAAGCAGGCUCUGAUGCAGACGCUCGGUGACAAGUGGGCCAUGUAUUUAACGAAUAUGAAACUAUGGUUCCGCAAGAAACAUUCCAGGGAAGAGUUUGAUAUCGAGUGCCGCAAGCUUUUUAGUCCCGAUCAAUUGCACCUCCAUAACAGGUUUCUUUUGGCGAUACUCAAUAAAAUUGAUGCCGUUGCACCGCCACAAUCAUCGGCCAAUAACUACGAAGGUACACAAAUGGCAGGAACAUACGGUGGUUUAAGCGAUGGCACAAGCUGCCUUGCAUCGAUGCAACAGAACGACGGUCGUAGUGCUAAAAAACGAAAAAGAUCGUCAAAAUCAUCAUCCGAUCGAGCUACAUUUGAACUUGUGUCGCUACACGAGUAUAUCUCCCGUGAAAUCGGGCCUGACCCUGAACCGGCAUCAUCCCAAGGGACGAUGGCUGGAAUUGGAUCUUCGGUGUCUACAAUGCGCUAUGCGGCCCAAGAACUAUUUUUGCCUGACAAUGGACUUGUGCUGGGAAGGCUCUUAGUAGGCGCCUGGGAGCAUGGACUUUCGAGCGCAGAUGAUGCUGCAGUAGAAAUGAUCGUCAACUCCGUACAGGUUCUGUUGAAAAAUAUACUUUCUGCCAUCAUUACUUCACGCAAGCACUACCGCAUUACGGCGAACGGUACCUUUUACUAUGACGUUGGGUGUGAACUGAAACAUCCGUUCGUACGCAACACCAUCACCAAAGCUAAAAUUGACGACGAACCGAUGGAUCUCGACAAAGAAAUCACCACCGUCUGCCAUCAAAAACCACCACCGGGAGAGUCCACAUUUCUGGCAAGCUGUGGCCAACUAUACCCCACAAUUAGCCGAAAGAUAAAUGCCUUUGAACUGUACAAAGCGCUUCAGGAUCGAAACCUCAUCUCGUCGCAUUCAGUGUACUCGAUGAACAUUGAGCGGAUUUCCAGUCAGUUGUCAUAAUAAUCAUAGUGUUUUAUAAAUAUUGUACUCCUAAAUCUAGAUAAAAUUAUUGCACAUUAAAGAACUAAAUUAAUUAAAAAUAUAUUCAUUUAUUGCAUCUUUUUCAUGUUAUGGCAAUUACACAACAGAAACGGAAAACCUUUAUGGCCAAACUACGCAUCAACGGUGAACGCUGAUGUGUCUCUUUAGUUCUACAAUACACUCAGUUUGAAAUGAACAUGCGUUGCAUCGCAGUGUGCCGUUCCUUAGUUCUUCGUAGUAGUUCCCCGAACGACGUUCUAUUUUUCCUUGCUUUUUUAUGAGCUUCAAAACAUCUGGAACAAAGAAUAACAAAAUAAUUAUUUAAUUGACCACGUUUGUUUGCCACGCUGUAUGCAACAUUACCAUCGUAUGUGAUAAACAACUCUGUAUUGAAGAUAUUCCAAUGCCUUUUCCUUUUCAAAUGACGAGAAUCAAAAUCAUUCGAGAUGACGUGCAGAUGCAACCGUUUCAUGUGUGGAUCCCUAUGAAACCCAAAACGAAACGCUUCGAUGUUCAUGCCGGUAGAAAUAGCCACCCGUCGUCCAAGAUGAAACAUAUUCUCCAGAAGACCGAUAUCUUUUCUAGUUAACUAG